AUGGCUGAAACAAUAGAGCUGAAUGACUUCAAGGACCUUGAGAACCGAUCUGAGGAAGGCGAGUGUGAAGACGAGUAUGAAGAAACCGAAACAAUAAUUGACGAUCUCCUAAAUAAUGACGGUUUGAACGACGAUUUGUCCUCAUUGGAAAAAGAGGUGAGAUAGCGAAACCGUUAGAAGCUUCUCAAAUAAUAAAAAAGCAAUAUUUAGAAGUUUGGAACAAAACCUUCUUGUUACUAACGGACCAAACACUGCAGAAAUUAUAUUGAACCCCAACACAAUGGAAGUAUAAAUUUCAAAAACCAUGCAGUUGUUACAAAAGACGGUCAAUUUUAUAAAAACAGAUAUGGUAAGAAGUUCGAAGAAAUAUUUAAUCUGGCUGUCAACGAAGACAAAGAAACGCCAGCCGCAGAUGUUGAGGAAACAUUACGAGAUCCUCCCGAGCCAGAAGUACUAAACGAAAUACUGAAUGACAUGCAUUUUAUGACAUGCAGCUAAUUGUGAACAGAGAGAACAAUCCGUGUUGGAAACACUAGAACGGUACAAAAACCAAUUCACCAAACAAGAAAUCAGAGAGAUUGUCGGAGCAUUAGAAAUAAGAAACAUGCCUGCAACUGAGAAAGUUCUAUAGCUCUCAAAAGACAUUGAUCAUUUUGAGGAGAAUAUUGAGUUUGAGGAUGACAAACCUCACAGACAAAAAAUAUUUAUUGAAUUGACUGAAGUGUUAAGAAAAUGGCUGAUAUUGUUGAAAACAACCCUCGUGUUACCUUCGAGAAAUUUAAGGAUUUCCCGGAGUCCUGGCCGCUGUCGCUGUAUCCAUUGCGAGAAUAAUUGCGACUGUGGUGGUAGCAGGGAAAAGGGAAUUUUUCAAACUGAAAAAGGAUUGGGUGCUGUUGGAAAAGCGCUGGCAAGUCUAGAGAAAAAUGUUCUUUCAAUACUGGUUCCGACCAUCAACAUCCUUGCAACCGCAUUGCCCGGGGGAGCAAAAGGUCUUGCUCUCCUAGGCAAAAUCUUUCCUAGCUCAAAUUCUUGCUGCUGUUAUUGCUGGAAAAAUUAUCCGGCAUCGCGCCAUCGGCGCUCCCGUCAGGGACAAACUCCAAAAUAGAAGUAAAAGAUCGCGGUAGCGUUCAGUUUAUUAUAAUUAAACGCAUGCUUUGAGGGAAAUUAGUGAUUAAAUGUCCCCGCAAACCGAGGGAGGUUUAGUAAAAGUCCCGAUGGCGUAGCCCGAGGGACUUUUACUAAACCUCCUGCUUGCAUUAAUUAACUUUAAGUAUUCCAUUAACUAUUGAAUAUUGGCAAUCUCCAACAAGCUGGACUUGCAGAAGAAAUCUAUGUGAAUAUUCCCAAACUCACAGCAGAUACUGUGCUUGCGCCUGACAGUAUCUCUCUAGUGUUUGAUUUAAAAAGCAAGAAUGAAAAAUCCUACCUUCCGGAACAAUCUUGGAAAGCUGUUGCAGAAAAGAUAGAAAUCUGUAUGUCCGGAGAGAAAAUUUACGAUAAUAACGGUGAAAGUCUUUUGGAAGUAUACAAUAAUUUGUGGCUUUCCAAAAAAUUAAGGGACGACAUUGUGGAAGACAGAAUUGCUAGCGAGGCGAUGCGGAAAAAGACAUCCAAGGACGAUGCAGCUAAUGCGGAAGCCUAA